UGAAAACCAAUUCUGAAAAAUCCAUUCUACUUUUGCUUCCAAGAAUCAAUUCCAAAACAUCCUCACAUAGUCCACAUGUUCUUGAUCUGCAUCUUUGUCCACCCAUUAUUAUCAUCAUCAUCAUCAAAGACAGAUAUACUGUCCCAAAAAAACAUUAGGAGAUACAUACUCCGUAAUCAGUAACUCACCCUAUCUCCUAGUAGCCCACUCCCAUGGCGUCCGAAUCGUAUAGCAAGAGCCGGCAGCAGCAGCUUCACUUCAUCUUGUUUCCUCUAAUGGCUCCUGGCCAUAUGAUCCCAAUGGUAGACAUCGCCAAGCUACUAGCCCAGCGUUGCGGCGGCGCCGUCACCAUCUUAACCACCCCCGUCAACGCCAACCGCUUCCGAUCAACCCUGUCUCGUGCCGUAAGUUCCGGCCUGAAAAUCCAAGUACUCGAGCUCAGAUUCCCCACCUCAGAAUCAGGGUUGCCUGAAGGGUGCGAGAAUAUCGACCUGCUUCCUUCCCUGGACAUGGCGCCUAAAUUCUUGGCGGCCAUCAACUCGCUCCGGCAAGAGGCGGAACAGGUGCUGGAACGGCUUGAUCCGCCGCCGAAUUGCCUCAUUUCAGACAUGGGGCUGCCGUGGACGGCGGAGAUCGCUCUGGGUCUCAACAUCCCCCGCCUUGUUUUCCAUGGAACGUGCUGCUUCUCCCUCCUAUGCAAUCACAGAAUAAUGGAAUCCAAGAUUCUUGACAGUUUGGAGUCCGAUUCGGACCGAUUCGUCGUCCCUGAUGUGCCCGACAUGGUUGAGCUCACGAAAGCUCAGGUCUCGAGCUCUUCGAAGAAGACUCCUCACGGCACUCCAAAUUACGCUCUAAUGGAAGAAUUCAAGAAGAAAUUUCUGGCCGCCGAGAAGGCAACAUACGGCGUGGUCGUCAACAGCUUCGAGGAAUUGGAACCCGAAUAUGCCAGAGAGUAUCGCAAGGAGAAACAGGGGAAAGUAUGGUGCAUCGGCCCUGUUUCCUUAUACAGCUCGGCGGACGACAAAGACCACGCCGCCGUGAGAGGCGACGAGACCGCCGCGACUAACCAAGACUGCCUCAAGUGGCUGGAAUCCCACGAGCCAGAAUCUGUAGUGUACGCAAGCCUGGGAAGCUUGGCUAGGCCAAAUGUCGAACAGAUGGCGGACAUGGGCCAGGGAUUGGAAUCAACGGGGAGACCCUUCAUCUGGGUGCUGGGAAGAGGCCGCAAUCUGAGCCGCAUAGAGGAAUGGAUUGCCACGACCGGGUUCGAGGAAAGGAACAAAGAGAAGGGGAUGGUGGUUCGCGGGUGGGCUCCUCAGAUCCCGAUCCUCUCCCACCCAUCGGUCGGCGGGUUCUUGACCCACUGCGGGUGGAACUCAGUGCUGGAAGGGAUCGCCGCCGGCGUGCCAAUGGCAACGUGGCCGCUCUUCGCCGAGCAAUUCUGUAACGAGAAACUGGUGGUGCAGGUUUUGGGGGUGGGGGUGAGCGUGGGGGCGGAGGUGCCGGUCAAGUGGGGAGAAGAAGAAGAGGUUGAAGUUUUGGUGAAGAAGGAUGACAUAAAGAGAGCAGUGGAGAAAGUAAUGGGAGAGGAAGGGAAAGAGAUGAGGAGGAAGGCGAGGGAGGCGGGUGAACUGGCUCGCAUGGCGAUCCAGGAGUCUGGUGGUUCUUCUGCUCUCAACUUGGCCUCCUUAAUCCAAGAGAUGUCAAGUAUAAAUAUGUGAUUGUGAUGAAGAUGAUGGGGAGGGAUCAUCUUAGAAAAUAUAGAAGUGUGCUUUUAGGAUUCGGAGUCUCUGCUUUAGAGCUCGGCUUGUUCGUUGCUGCAAGCCUGCAAGGGACAUCUGCCGCACGGCCGAGGAUCUGAAUUCGCGCUUUUAAGGGAGUACCUUCACCUUGGUGCAAUUUAGUGGCAUAUCAAUUUCGGUUCGAUUUUUAUUCCGUUCUGUUCGAUGUGAAUAUAAUUAUUAUCAAAUAAAGGAAUAAAAUGUUUUGAUUUGGCUUUAGUUGGUUAUGUUUAGUUUGGUUCAAUUUACAAAGUUCGAAUUAGACAUUAAGCUUUUAAGUAGACCAAAUUAACACACAAUCCACUUAUUUCGACUAUAUUUGGCCACCCACUUGAAACUCCCUUAAACCCCAUGGUUAACCGUCCACGCUCCAAUAGAUUUGAAUCGUCCCAUGGUUAAAAUUUGUUCGGAUUUGUCAUUGUUUAGAUUUUAUUUAAUACGAUUUGAAAGAAAUGCUAAAGAACUCAAAUCAAAUUGUAUAUGAUUCGAUUUUGAUUCGAUUCACUUUGGCAUGGUUCGAUUCAAUGAAAUUGAAAUCAAUAUAUUCACCCCAAUAGAUUGUUUUACAAAGACUCAAUAUAGGUAUUGUUAUUGCUUUUUAAUGAUAUUCUUCAUCACAUAUCAGGUAACACGCUCAGCACCGGCAUGAGUAGCUCAACUGGUAAAACGGUGGAAUUGUGGGAAAGUUGGAAAAUGAUCAAGGAUCAAAAUCCUUGAUCAUUUGCUGGAUUAGGCCAUUCUUGCACGUGGAUAUAAGGUCUACCACCGUUAAGAUUGAUUGAGUCAUCAUGAUUUACAUCCUCUCACAUACCGGGCCAGUGGAGCCCUAAUAACUGAAUUACUGAAAGAUGCAUCUUCAGAAACUAGUGGGUUUGAUGAGCAAGCUAAAGGCAACAACCGCAAAUAGCAAAUCCAUCUAUAUAUGCUCACCGUAUUUCAAUCUUCAUUUACUGAGCGUUUGAAACAAAUAUACUAUUAUGAUUGCCCGUACUCUGAGAGAUAAUAUGCAAUGAAUUCUGGUUAGCUAGUAUAGUAAAUUAAGGGGCUUAAGAUGUUCAUAAUUUUUUUGGUGCUAAAUUGGUUGGUUUUCCACACAAAAGUCUGACCAAAAGUGUUCAUUUGAAAUUGAUUUUGUUUUUUUCUUUGUUUGAUCUGUGAAGUAAGGUGCUGCUUCCCAAAAUUGAUGUAAGAAUAAACAAUGUUCAUUUUGUGCAUGUUUUGGCUAUACUAACUCAUAUGUUUUUAGUUUUAGCAUGUCACUUACUCCAUUUCCCCCCUAGUUUCAUACUUUCAUAGCAUCUUUUUCCUACAAAGUUUAGUAGAUUUUUUGUCCAUUUGGUUGGCAUGUUAUAUCUGUGUCCCAUGGAGAUAAUAUAUGCAUUUUAGGGUUGCUUUAAGGCAUUUUUUUCAGCAUUCCGCGCAGGUCACUUUUGCACAUUUUUCUUUACGUAAUAGGUGUUUUUCAUACAUAUUUGAGCACAUAUAAAGUUAGGGGUGGGAUUUUGGAACCGGGAAUCGUAGAACCGAUUGGAACCGAACCGUUAACAACAUCUAGGAACCGAACCGUUAACAAUUAAUGCCUCAUUUGUAGGAACCGAACCGAAGCGGGUUAUAACGGUUCGGUUCCCGGUUCGUAUAAAAAAUAUGUGCAUGGAACCGUUAAGGAACCGUUAUUAAAAAAUAUAAAAAAUAAAAUAGUAGUAGUAGUAGUAGUAGUAGUAGUAGUAACAAUAACGAUAAUAAUAUAAUAGUAAUAAUAACCACCACCACAACAACAAUAAUAAAACAAUAUAAGACAUUUAACUAACAAUUCUAAUUUAAUCAAUAGAAAAGAAGUAAUAAAUAUUGUACGUGCGGUUGAUAUAAUACAUUAAACUCCUUUCUACAAAUCAAGUUUUGUUCCAUCACAUAAAUUUUAUAAAUAUAACAUAACCCAAAUAACUUGUAGUUGAUUGCACAUAUUUUACUUUACUAUUUUCAUGAUAUUUCUAAUUAUUAGAUUUAUUAUGAAUCAAUAGAAUGUAAUAAUGUUUUUUUAUAUCUAUACAUGCAAACUCAAUGUUUUUUUUUAAUGUUUUGAACGACUUGAAGUAUGCGUCCUAUUCUUGCUACUAUGAUGACGAUUAACCUUCAUCGCUCCGACACUACAAUGAUUUUUAAUGUUUCAUUUAUUACAUGAAAAUCUAAAUCACUUUUUUUCUAUUAAGUGUUCAAAGUUCAUUAGUUAAGUUUGAGCUUUGAUGUAUGAAGUGAUUAGAGCUUCAAAUAAAAUUUUAAUACUCGUGUUUUGAAUUUUCGACGUGUUUAAAAUUAUGUGUUAAUUCUUAGACGUGAAAAAAUUAUUAUAGGAACCGGUAAAUGGAAGAACCGAACCGUUUACUACCGGUUCGGUUCCAUAACGGUUCUUGAUUUUUUAUAUAGGAACCGAACCGAUUUCAUUAGUUAAAACUUUUAUAACGGUUCCACUCAUUUUGAGUAAGAACCGAACCGGUCCCAGCCCUAUAUAAAGUUGAACUCUUUACUACAUUUGAUAAAUUUUAAGUUAAAUUUGAUUUAAAUUUUAAUAGGUGUAAUCAGAUUUGAUUCUCAUGCACAACAUCGAUGAUUUUUCAUUGAAUGGGAUAAUGACACUAUAAUCAACAAUGAAGCAAGAGCAAGCUAAAGAUAUUGGAUAAGAAGUGCAGGGGCACAAUGUGGUAUGCAAAGUCUACAACACAUGACGACUUUGUGGGAUGGCAUCACUAAUGGACUACUAGGAAAUGUUUAAGUUCAAAUGUUGUUUUCGCAAAACUCUUGACUUAUUCUUAUCACGUAAUGUGAAAAUUUUAUUUAAGUAAUUCAUACCAUUAUUAUUUUUAGGCAUGUGAAAUUAUCUUUCAGAACAAAGAAAGUAAACAAUAAUGUACAUUCUGCAUUUAUUCCAGGCAAAAGGGUUAUUUGGUCAUUUGACAUGAUUCAGACUUCUCA